AACCACCCCCCCCCCUUCUCCUUACACUGACGAGACUGAUAUUUGGACGUGACACAUUAGUUUUAAUCAAGUCGGGAUCGACAUACUGAUGAAAUUCAAGAUGGCAGCCUCCAUGGAUGACAUGAAGAAAUUGAUGAAGAAAAGAGAUGAAAUUGAAUCGGAAAUCAAGGCUCUUCAUGAAGUAUUAGACUCGCAAAAAGGGAUAGGAAUGAACGAGCCCCUGAUUGACAGUGAAGGUUAUCCUCGAGCGGAUAUCGAUGUGUACACGGUCAGACAUGCCAGGCAUAAAGUCAUUUGUCUUCAAAAUGAUUACAAGGACAUAAUGAAGGAGAUUGAGGAAGGUCUCUAUAAGAUACAUGCAGAGGCGCGACAGAAGCAGGCAGAGUCUUCAACUGAAGAAACACCCUCCCCAACAUCAGACGAUGCUCUUAGCAGGCUCUCCCCUUUCCUGGUCAUCGACAAAGUGGACGAAGGAUCUCCAGCCCACACCUGUGGACUUUGUGUGCAAGACAAGAUACUGAAGUUUGGGUCUGUAAUGUCACACAAUUUUCAGAACCUACAGAAUAUUGCAGCUGUGGUGCAGCAUAGUAAAGAUAAACCUUUGUCAGUGCGAAUUCUUCGGAAUGAAAAAGAAUUUAACGUAACUCUAACACCCAAAGCUUGGAGUGGGCGUGGUCUUCUCGGGUGCAGUUUUCUUCCGAUCAAAAAGACGUGAAUUUCUUUACAUAUAUGUACAUCCUUUUUGUAAAUCUGGUCUCCAUGUUACAUAAAAGUUACAAUUGUCAAUAAAUCAUAUUCAAACUUCUA